CGGAAAUAACAAAGGAAAAACGACGAAGAAGACGACAUAAGCUCCGUUAGCUUCUUUGCUACUAUUUGGAAGUAGCAAUACAAUUUCAGGAUAUAAUCAUGAGUUAUGCAGAUAAGCCAGAGGAUAUAACAAAGGAUGAGUGGAUGGAUAAACUCAACAAUGUCCAUAUUCAGAGAACUGAUAUGAAUAGGCUGAUAAUGAACUACCUGGUCACAGAAGGAUUCAAAGAGGCAGCAGAAAAGUUCAGAAUGGAGUCUGGAAUAGAACCCAGCGUGGACCUGGACUCUUUAGAUGAACGGAUUAAGAUUAGAGAGUUAAUAUUAAAAGGUCAAAUCCAGGAUGCCAUUGCUCUUAUCAAUAGUCUGCACCCGGAACUGCUAGACACAAACCGUUAUCUAUACUUUCACUUACAGCAGCAGCAUCUAAUUGAGCUGAUUCGUCUUCGGGAGACAGAGGCUGCCCUUGAAUUUGCCCAGUCUCAAUUAGCAGAGCAGGGAGAGGAGAGCCGAGAAUGUCUGACUGAGAUGGAGAGGACACUGGCUUUGUUGGCGUUUGACAACCCAGAAGAGUCUCCCUUUGGAGAUCUGCUCAAUAUUAUGCAGAGGCAAAAGGUCUGGAGUGAGGUUAACCAGUGUGUAUUAGACUACGAAAACAGAGAAUCUACUCCAAAGCUGGCCAAGCUGCUGAAACUACUGCUGUGGGCUCAGAACGAACUUGACCAAAAGAAAGUCAAGUAUCCCAAAAUGACUGACCUCAGUAAGGGAACAAUCGAAGAUCCCAAAUAAAGACUCAGCAUAAAUAAAUAUCAUAUCCUUACAGAAUGGACACAAUUCUUAACCUAUUUAUAACCUAGGAAGCGGAAUCAGUUAUAGUACAACCUUUUCUUUUUGUAAGGGUUGCCUUUUGAUACUUUAUUAAUUCUAAACUGGACUGAUUACAGUUUAAGGUUACUUUGUAUUAAAUAACAACCAAACUGGUUAUCUUAUUUUUAAUUUUAAUUUGCAUAUUUGUCUAUGUAAAGCCAAAAUGUUUCAUUUACUCUAGUUUUUCUGUCUGUUGGCAGGGAAUGUUGGUAGUGGAGGUUGUAAAUAAAGCCUAAAUUAGGCUGCUUGUCAGUGUGUGUGCAUGUGUGCCCACUUCAAGGAUGCAGGGAUUCAUCAGGAUAAAGUGUUGGCUUAAUGUGCAGUGCUUCAAAUAUGUAUAUUUUUUUGUUUUAAGGAACACAUUUCAACCUCUGGGAUUUCAUCUGGUACUUACAUGUGAAAAGAACAGUCAGAAUUCAUUACCUGGGAGAUGUUUAAGGCUACUGCGAUUCUGAAAGUAAACCUUAUUUCGUCACCACAUAAUAUUUAGACACUCACUAGAAAUGUUGGAAAAAAUACACAAGCAAAUAAAAACACCUAAGCUCUAAGUUAUGAUAGUUAUUUCAUUUGAAUUGAAAUUACUGGAGUAUUAAUAUUUUUUCAUAGCAUACUGUGACUAUGUAAGCCUGAGGAACAUGAUGUUUUAAGAGGUGAGUAAAUGCAAACAUGGAGACACUAUAAUGCUAUUACAUUUAAAUGAUUUGCAUUUUGAGCGACUUAGCUAAAUUUUUGUUGUGCUCUUUUCCUGCUAUAUUAUUUUGCAAUAAAAAAAUAUUUCUCG